UUAUACUCAAACAAUAUACAGAAUGCAUGAUAUUCUAACAUUAAAAAUCUUUGUUUGGAGUACGAUUGAAGGAAUCUAGGACUGGCAUCUACAUGCUUGACUGCCUUUGCUGCAGGGCAAGCUGCAGCCUUCAAGAUGUUCGAGGUAAUUCAAAGGAAACCAAAGAUCGACGCAUAUAGUCCAAAGGGAAGAAAAAUGGGUGAUAUUUCAGGCCAAAUCGAACUAAGGGAUGUUUAUUUCAGCUACCCAGCAAGACCCAAAGAGCUAAUACUUAAAGGCUUCUCUCUUUUUAUACCCAGCGGUAAAACAGCCGCUCUGGUGGGACGCAGUGGAAGUGGGAAAUCGACGGUGAUUAGCUUGAUAGAAAGGUUUUACGAUCCAAUGACUGGGGAGGUACUGAUCGACGGUGUUGAUCUGAGAAAGUUGCAGCUUAAAUGGAUAAGGCGGAAAAUAGGGCUGGUUUCGCAGGAACCAGUGUUGUUUGGUUCGAGGAGCAUUAGAGAGAAUAUAGCGUAUGGAAGGGAGGGUGCGAGCAGUGAAGAUGUAAUAGCUGCUGCUGUGCUUGCCAAUGCCGCUGACUUCAUCUCUAAAUUGCCUCAGGGACUAGACACAAUGGUGGGUGAGCAAGGCAUUCAGCUAUCUGGGGGACAAAAACAGAGGAUCGCCAUUGCUAGAGCUAUUCUGAAAAGCCCCAGAAUUCUACUAUUAGACGAAGCUACAAGCGCUCUCGAUGGAGAAUCCGAGAGGAUCGUUCAAGGCGCACUGGAAAGAGCUAUGCUCAACCGAACUGUCAUCGUUGUAUCCCAUCGCUUGAGCACCGUAAUGAAUGCACAUUUCAUCGCAGUUAUUCAUCGGGGAAGGAUUGUUCAAAAAGGUUCACACGCAGAGCUACUCAAGGAUCGUAAAGGAUUGUACAACCAGCUCCUAAGGUUGCAAGAUAUUGGCAAAGAGAUGAAACGGGAUAAAUCAGUUUGUGAUUCUUUAGAAAUUGGUCCCCAAUCCUUAUCAGCUCCUCAUCGUCAUUUUCUACACACUACUAAAUCACAAGAGGCAAUGCCUGAAUUGCCUUCAAAAUCAGAAGCCUCAGAUAAAGGACCUCCACAAGUCCCACUUUCUCGCCUAGCUCGCCUUAACAGCCCGGAGAUACCUGUAUUGCUCUUAGGAGCUCUGCUAGCUGUGGCUAAUGGUGUGAUAUUGCCAAUCUUUGGCACUGUGCUUUCUGGUAUAAUCAAAACGUUCUCUGAGCCACCUCAGGAACUCAGCAAGGAUUCCAAGUUUUGGGCACUAAUGUUUGUUGUUCUUGGCUUUGCAUCUUUCUUGUCUCACUCAUUGAGCACCUACUUUUUCGCCGUUGCUGGCUGUAAGUUAAUACAGAGGGUGCGAUCAAUGUGCUUUGAGAAAGUAGUAAACAUGGAUAUAGGUUGGUUUGAUGAGCCUCAACACUCGAGUGGUGCAAUUGGAACAAGGCUGUCCACGGAUGCAGUUUUGGUAAGAAGGGUGGUUGGGGACUCACUGGCUAUUCUUGCUCAGAGUACGGCUACUGCAGUCGCCGGUCUGGUCAUUGCUUUUCAAGCAAAUUGGCAACUGGCUCUGGCCAUCCUUGCUUUGCUACCUCUUAUAGGGAUAAGUGGAUAUGGUCAACUCAAAUCCAUGAAAGGAUUCACUGCCAAUGCCAAGAAAAUGUAUGAGGAGGCCAACCAGGUGGCGAAUGAAGCCGUCGGGAGUAUGAGGACUGUUUCUUCGUUCUGUGCCGAAAAGAAAGUGGUGAAACAGUACGAAAAGAAAUGUGAAGCCCCUCUAAAGGCUGGAAUACGACAUGGAUUGAUCAGUGGCAUAGGUUUAGGAAUGUCAUCCUUCUUCCUGUUUUUUGCCUAUGCUAUCAGUUUUUAUGUUGGAGCCCUUGUAGUUCAUCAUGGCAAGGCAACUUUCCAUCAGGUUUUUCGAGUGUUUUUUGCUCUCAGUGUAACUGCCAUUGGUAUUUCUCAGUCAAACUCCCUCGCCCCGAACACCAGUAAAGCCAAGGUUUCCGUAGCUUCCAUUUUUGAAAUCCUGGACCACAGAUCCAAAAUAGACCCCAGUCAGAAUUGCGGAAAAAGAUCGAAACAUGUUAAGGGAGAUAUUCAGUUUAGGCAUGUCAGGUUCAGGUAUCCUUCAAGGCCUGAUAUUAAAAUAUUCCGAGACCUUUGUUUGACGAUUCGCGCCGGCAUGACAGUUGCUCUAGUUGGAGAAAGUGGAAGUGGGAAGUCAACAUUCAUAUCAUUGUUGCAAAGAUUUUAUGAACCAGAUGCAGGUCGUAUCACAUUAGAUGGAAUUGAGAUCUCAAAGUUGCAGCUAAAAUGGCUAAGGCAGCAGAUGGGUUUGGUGAGCCAGGAGCCUGUCCUAUUCAACGACACCAUCCGAGCAAACAUUGCAUAUGGGAAGGCAGGAAAUGUGACAGAGGCUGAAAUCGUGACUGCAGCAAAAUUAGCAAAUGCCCACAACUUCAUCAGCAGCUUGCAACAGGGGUACAACACGUUGGUAGGCGAACGAGGUAUUAAUUUGUCUGGAGGGCAAAAGCAACGGGUGGCAAUUGCACGUGCCGUAAUCAGAGCUCCGAAGAUACUACUACUAGAUGAAGCCACCAGUGCUCUCGAUGCCAAGUGUGAACGAGCAGUUCAAGAAGCACUAGAGCGAGUUAUGGUCGGGCAGACAACAGUAGUGGUGAGCCACCGGUUAUCAACAAUCAAGGGUGCGGAUUUGAUUGCAGUGAUUAGGAAUGGAGUUAUAGUUGAGAAAGGAAGGCACGAAACGUUAAUCAAAAUCAAGGAUGGUUUUUAUGCCACCUUGAUGGCCCCUAGAAACAAAAUGUAAACUUUAGGAGAAUACAUAAAUAAUAUAUCCUUGCAUGCUUUCCUUAUAUAGAGAUUAAUAUUUGCACAUAAA